AAGGUAAACAGUAGGAAGGAAGGUUCCAGAGUCUCCGUGUUGAGAAUUGGAUGCCUAACACGUUGAUGGUCAAAUCUUCUUCAACUCGUUUGGCCGGAAAAACAGAAAAGCUUCAUCGACUCGCAACUCUUCAUUCCCUGAAGAAGAAAUAAGGGAGGACUCGAUCGUACGAACUGUUCAAUAAUCCGCGAUUGUUUGCCUAUUCGGGUCGGUCCCUCCAUCUCAUCAUGGCUGACCCAUCACCGCCUCCCGAUGCGAGCUCUGUUGAUUUUACUGCGCAGAUCAAUAACAUCCCCAAACCACCUAUGGAUUCUCUUCUUUUCGCCGAUGACGACGAUGCCUUCUUUUCUGAAGCAUUUCCCUCUGAUUUUGACUUAGGGUUGGAUGGCGAUUUCGAGAUUAACUUCGACGAUCUUGACAAUCUUCAUCUUCCCUUUAAUGUUGACGAAUUCCUUUUCGACGACGCAUCCCUCACGCCGUCGCAGAUUGGUGAUGAUAGUCAUGGCGUCGCUGAUUGCGAUAACAAUCCAACUUCCGACGUCGCUAGGUUUUCGAAUCCGGAGUCUUAUCCGCCUACUUGUUUAGAUUAUUCAGGCGAUCAGAAUCCGCAUGGCUCAAAUGAGGCUAAAGUCUCGCCGGAGUCUGAUUCUUGCGACCGGGAAUCUUCAGGUGGGCCCGUUUCGUCCCAGGGUUCGGCUAACGGUGGGUCGGGUGUUUCUGAUGUUACGGAUUCACCUUCACCGACCCGAUACAACAGGGAUUUUACAUCUCAGGUUAUCGUUGAUGAGAACGCGAAGUUGGAUGAAAUCGGAAGGGGCUCUGAUUUGAAGAGGAAGAUGGAAAACAAUGGAGGAAAUGCUGAGGCGAGAACUACUAAGCAUCGGAGGUCGUCGAGGCCUGUGGAGAAUGUGACUCGAGAGCCUGGUGUUAAUGUUACCAAUGGGGACGACGAGAAAAAGAAGGCCAGGUUGGUGAGGAAUCGGGAAAGUGCCCAGCUUUCCAGGCAGAGAAAGAAGCAGUAUGUGGAGGAGCUUGAGGAGAAGGUGAAAUCAAUGCAUUCGACUAUUGCCGAUCUGAGUGGCAAGAUAUCAUUCGUCAUGGCCGAGAAUGCCACUCUGAGACAGCGACUGAGUGCUGGUGGAAUGGGUCCACCACCUCCAGCCCCGGGGACGUAUAACCAUCCUCCAGUGCCUACCAUGCCUUAUCCUUGGCUGCCGUAUGCGCCGUAUGUUGCUAACCCACUAGGGUCCCAGGUUCCUUUGGUACCAAUUCCGAGAUUAAAGCCUCAGCAACUGGCAUCGGCCUCAAAGAGUAAAGUGUCCGAGCGUAAGAAAUCUGAGGGUAAAACUAAAAAGGUUGCCAGUGUCUGUUUUCUGGGUUUGCUAUUCUUUGUCUUGCUUUUUGGUGGAUUGUCUCCCCUUGUGAAUGUUAAGUUUAAUGGUUUAGUGGACGAUACUAAUGGGAGGUCGCAGUAUGUAAGUGAUAGGUUCUAUGGUCAGCUCGGAGGGAAAGUCUGGCCCGUAAAUGGCCCUAUUAAUAGGUCUGAAGGAUACAAAGGAGCAGGAUCUUCCGGUGGAGGAAGAUCUGGUAUAUUUGACAGGGGGGCUGAUGAGAAAGGCCGGAAUCUUGGAGAGGAAACACAUAAGCAGCUGGACUCACGGCAUAAAUCGGGUUCAGAUGCAUUUGUUCAUCUGGGCAAUACUAGUCAGCCUCUUUUUGCUUCUUUGUAUGUUCCUAGGAAUGAUAAGUUGGUGAAGAUUGAUGGGAAUUUGAUAAUCAAUUCUGUCUUGGCCAGUGAGAAAGCUAUGGCAUCUGAGACUGAUCAUAUCGCGAGGAAUAAUAAAAGAGAAACUGGUUUGGCACUUUCUAAUUAUUGGGAUUCUGCAUUGGCUAUUCCGAAAGUUGGAAUAAAUAGAGGUGCACAUCCUUAUUCGUAUAGCAGCCCACAUGAACAGAGGAAGGCUCUUCCGGAUGGUUCAGCUGAAAUUUUGAAGGACCAUCUGAAGUCUUCAUCUGAUGGUAAAGUCCAACAGUGGUUCCGGGAAGGUCUUGCUGGGCCUAUGUUAAGUUCUGGCAUGUGCACAGAAGUUUUCCAAUUUGAUAUCUCAUCAACACAAGGGGCUAUUGUGCCAGCAUCAUCAGCAGCCAAUGUUUCUGAAGAGAACCACCAGAACGUUACUCGUCUCGGCAAAAGUAGGAAUAGAAGAAUUCUGCAUAGGCUCCCGCUUGCUGGAUCCAGCAGCAACGCAAGUGAAGAACGAGGAGGAGGAAAUUCACUGAAUGACAACUUCCUUGGCAACAAGUCGAAGUCUUCCAUGGUGGUUUCCGUGCUUGUUGAUCCCAAAGAGGCUGGAGAUUUUGAUGGAAUGAUGAAGCCAAAGUCGCUUUCUAGAAUAUUUGUGGUUGUGCUUGUGGACAGCAUCAAGUACGUUACGUACUCGUGUGUUCUCCCUCGCACUUCUCCCCAUCGAGUGACUGCUUGAGGACGCGGAUCCUUCCUCCGCUUUGACUGAGCUUUGUUACUUGAUUAUUUGAUCUGAGGUGCAUUUUCGGUAUGAAAGUAUCUGAGAUCCUGUCUCUACUGUUACUGUAUAUAAAGUGUUUAGGGCUGACCAACUCGCAGUUGUGAACGGGAACACUGUCUACCGGCACGAGAGACAAUAUACAUUAUUCAUACGUUUUUUUUAGCGGCUCAUUAUUAA